ACUUCAAACGCUACCUGCGGAACAGCCAGUGGCGUCUGGUGCGCUGCUCCGCGAAAACGAGUGAUAGAGAUACAAAAGAGAAAGAGAGAGAGAACGAAGCAGAGUGUCGGAAAAGAGACCGAGCGAGAUAGAUAGACAGACAGGGAAAGAAAGAGAAAAAGGUAGUGAAGAAAUAGAAUGAAACAAGAUAGAUAGAUAGACAGAGGGAGAGAACGUCGACAAUUUUUAUUACAAGUCGCUUACGCAGAAGCAGACGGGAGCGCUUAUGCUACUAUCGCUAGCUAUUUUAAUAAGCGUUCUUUCUCCAUCUCUAACUAGUAAAGGAAAAUAUUCGGAGAACGACAGCGCUUCUGACUGCGUAAAAACUUUCAAAAGUGAAGAAGGCAAGGAAGGCACUUUUACUUCUCCAAGAUACCCGGAAGAGUAUAGUUCCGGUCAACAAUGCAAAUACGAAUUCAUUGGUAACCCAGAAGAAAGGGUACAAGUAAUAUUUGAAGAAGUUCAACUAUAUUACAUUUCUAAUGAUGCUAAAGAUCCGACUGAGUGUACAUCUAUUGAUUCUAUACGAGUACAAAUUAAAGAUGAGGGAGAUUUGAAAGAUAUCGGACUUUUCUGCGGGGAAAUGGAUAACCGCCAACUUAUGUCACCGAAUCAAUUUAUGGAGGUUAUCUUUGAUUCGGUAGAACGGGAAGAGUCUAGUAUCAAGGCUCCAUUUAAGGGUUUCAAAGCUAGAUACAAAUUUCUAACUAAUUUUGGUAUUUAUACGGGGAUACAAGAUAAAGCUGAUAAAUGUAUCUUCACUUUUACUAGCCGUCAGGCUAAAAGUGGCAUGUUUACUAGUCCAAAUUAUCCUGGUGAUUAUCCCCGGAAUACUGAAUGCCAGUACGUUUUCAAAGGAGAAAUGGAAGAAGAAGAAAUAGUUCAAAUUCACUUUUUAACUUUCUCAGUCGAGGGUAUCAAACCUUGUACAGAAGAAACAAAAAGCGAUUCUGUGUCAUUCAGCAAUUUUGGUUUUCGUAUAUCAGAUAGGAAGAUGAGCAAGUUAUGCGGAAAUUUUUUAAGUACGCAUCAAAGAACGGUCACUUCGGACGGCCCAUACUUCAGGGUUAUCUUUAAAUCUAAUUCGGUUUACGAUGAUAAAGGAUUUGAAGCGAGCUACCAGUUCAAAAAGAAAAAAGGUCAUUCAAUGAGAUUUUACGAAUAGAUAUAGAAUUAACCAUUUUAGAAUUGUUCUGUUAAACCUAUCUUAUUCCUAUCUUUGUUUCUAAAACUUUCUUUCCCAUUCUCUUAAAGUUCAAGCUGCUGCUUGACAAGGCUUUCUAUAAUUUAAACAAAAAUACAAAGACUAGAUAUAGAAUAAGGGUGUAUAGAUAAAUAAGAGUUAUGUGGGUCAUCAAAAAGAAUCGUUAUAGCGAAUAUUGUGACCGUACAUAGCGGAAACGUCACGCUCUAUUACGGUUCGACGCCCAAUAAAGAGUUCGAAGGUGGCAUCUAUUCAACUUUACUAGAAAAUAUUAAGUAACUUGGAUAAAAAAGCUAUAAUGGCUUUCUCGUGCUCUGCUACUCAAUAGCUAAUAUACGUAUACAUAAAGUAUAUUGUAAAUUUGGGUAUAUAUAUAUAUAUAUAUUACUCUAUGUAUAGUAAGCUACAAAUUCUCUUUAACAUCUUAAAAUGUAUUCAUACUCACUUGGUAGGGUACUUUGUUCUCAACCACAAAUGUAGCGGAUUUCCUUUCACUUCCAAAUACCCUUCAUACAUUUUCUAUAAUGAUCAUUAAUGCAAAGUGUAGAUAUUUAAUGGGAGAAAGAAUGAUAAUAAAAUAGUCUUAAAAUACUAAUCUUCGUUACGAUUACGAAGCACUCAACAGUCGACCUACAGUAUAUACUGCAUAUAUAAAUGCAUAAAUUCUUAUUUCAAUGGUAUAUUUAUAUUUCUUAGUAGAUAUAAAAAAAUUAAUCCUCUUUAUUGAGAACAUCGUUCGUAUAAUGUAUAACUUAUAGGCCAAAAUUAUGUCUGUUUUUCUAUUUUUAUCCAUAGAUGUGUUACUUUUUAGGACAAAAUGAUAUUAUAAAAAUAUAAAUAGUUUUAGCGAACAAUCGUAAUUAGGUAAAGGAUCAGACUUUCCUUCCUUUUUCAUCAUUCACUAUAGUUUAUAUUUUUUAAGGAAAAAGUAAAUAUCAUUAAUUUUUUUUUAUUUAAACCUUAAACGAGAAUGAAAAGCAUAUUUAAGCGUUAAAAUACAGGCGUCAAAUCCGAAAUACUCUUGUCCCAAAAGGGUCGUUUCCCACUAACGAACUUUCGAUUUUCAAUGUUCCACAUCGUCAGUCCAGAUUUUGAAAUUACAAUUCCAAUAGUCAUAUUUAUUUCUUUUUUUCCUUAAAAUAUCAAUACACCCUCUACCAGUCGUAUAUAUUGAAUUUCAUAUAGAUGUACAUAUAUAUAUUGCAUGCUCCUUUCCUUUCAUUCAUAUAAAAGCUAAAAAAAAAAAGAACAACAGCUUUAAAAAUAAUUAUCCAAUUCUUAUUUUUUCAACUCUGAAAGGAGCUCAGAAAUUAUUGUUAUUUCUCUUUUUUGCAGAUAAUAAUCAUCAACAAUCGGCUGAAAACAAUAGAUAUAUGAAUAAUCCCGCCGCAAGCUUUCGAUCAAGAAUAAAUAGCCUAGUUUUCUUCGUUUUCUUCCUCCUCGUUCUCUGCUGAUAAGAUUUUUUCAAGAAAAUGAAAAAAAAGAAAAAUGUUAAAAAUAUGAACAUAAAAAAAAGAUAAAAGAAGAUAAAAAGCGUAAAAAAAUUAUGCUCAUAUAGGAAACGUUCUCUCUUUUCCAACUAUCAUAUUUAUAUGCUAUACAAGAAUUUAUUAUAUAGUGAAUUUUUUCUAAUUAAAAACAAGAAAAAAGGUUGUUUGUUUUUCAUUGUCUUCUGUUCUUUUCAUAAUCCCAGAGCUGGAUUGACGAAAAAGCAUAGAUGACUAUUAUUUUAACUACAAACAAACAUUUUUUUUACAUUAAUUAUUAUGUAAAUUAAUUAAAAUAGUGAUUUAUUAACAUAAUUUUUAAUAAACAGUAUAUAUAUAUAUAUAUAUAUAUAUACUGUAUAUA